AUGUUACAGUCUAAAUUGUCACAAAAGAUAUUUCAAAAUCUUUACAAAUACCAUAUCAAUUUUUUUACAUUUCGUGAUUUGGUAUGUUUAAGCGUUAUUCGAUAUGCCCAUACCGAUAUUAAAGUUCCAGACUUUGCCCGCUAUAGACGAUCAAGCGUUCGAUCACCUACAUCUAUCACAAAUGAUUCUGAAAAUUCAAGAAAGGUUUUCUCUAAUUUAAUAGUAUUCGCCGCCGGAUUAAUGGGACUAUAUGCAACGAAAGCUGAAAUAUACAGAUAUGUUACUUUCAUGAAUGCUUCUGCAGACGUAUUGGCUCUUGCCAAAAUAGAAAUAAAACUAAGUGAAAUCGCAGAAGGACGAUCUGUAACUUUCAAAUGGAGAGGACGGCCGUUGUUCGUAAGACACAGAACAGAAGAGCAGAUUCGUAUUUCUAGAGAAGUUCCUUUAUCUAUCCUUAGAGAUCCAGCUACUGAUGAAGAUAGAUGCACAAAUCCCAAAUUUUUAGUCGUGAUUGGAGUAUGUACUCAUUUAGGAUGCACACCUAUACCAGAUGCAGGAGAUUUCGGACCAGGAGGUUAUUAUUGUCCAUGCCAUGGCGCUCAUUUUGACGCAGCAGGACGAGUUAGAAAAGGUCCAGCACCAAUAAAUUUGAAAAUACCAGAACAUCAUUAUCUAAAUGAAGAUACCCUAGUUGUUGGUUAG